UCGGGAGCGAGCGUUGGAGCGGGUAGCGGCGGCGGGAGCGAGCGGCGGUGUCGGGAGCGAGCGGCGCGCGGCUGGCCGGCAGGCAGGCAGUGGGAUCAAAUGGAUGCUUCAAGCGUGAAAAUCUUUUGGGAUAGAGUAAAAAAGGAGAUUCAUUCAGCAUGAAUGACAUCAACCUGAGUCAGGUGGGCAUGGAGCAGCUGAGUGCUUCGUCCGUCAGUACUACCUUACCUGUGACAGCAACUCACCUGGGCAUGAGCUCACCCACUCACAACCCUCUCUCAGCUCCAGGAAUGCCCGUAGCGAUCCCGAACCUGAGCCCUACCUUGGGCACUCUCCCCUCCGCCCUCUCGUUGAUGCUUCCGAUGAGCAUCGGGGAACGUGGCGUCAUGUGCAGCAUUCCUGACCGCAACUACACGCUGCCCCCUCCUCCUUACCCACACCUGGACAACAGCUACUUCCGGCACAUUUUGCCAGGCAUUCUGUCUUACCUGGCUGACAGACCACCUCCUCAGUACAUCCACCCCACGGCCAUCAGUGUGGACGGCACUCCUGCACUGCCUGUCUCCAGCAACCCGCCUGCCCUGGAUCACUAUGAGCCCGGCAGCGGCGUCAGCUUGGAGACCAGCAUCGUCUCGAUAGACUCAAGACAGGUCGGCAGUCACGGCUCCCAGAGUCUGCACCAGCCCAGCAACGGGGAGGUGCCGCUGGAUGCCAGCAUCUCCAUGGAAACGGUUUCCAGGGUGAACAGCCCCAUCCCGACGGAAGGGAUGAGCGACGAGAUGGCGAUGAGCGGGGUGAGGGCAGAGUCCCGGACGCUGCCCCCUGGGUCCAGAGGCCACGAAUCCAUGAGCGUGGACUCGGUGCGGAACAACUUGGAAGCGGAGGGACCGAUGCCGAUUCACGGCAGCCCUCUGGAGCUGCCGGUUGUGAUGGAACCAGAGGCCAUGGCCGGUCGGGUGGGCAGCAUGUCGGAGAGGGCACUGCGUGACCCCAUCCACGCCGCUGCACUCAACCCUAACCCUGGGGCAGUGGCACUCCCUCCUCCCCACUCCCUGCCUUCUCUCCACGGACCGAGCCUGGGUCUGGACUCUGUCUCCGUCUCCACCAUCACCGCAGACGUCUCCAUGACCUCCAACCAGGUCAAUGUGUCGGCGGAAACCCUGACCUUUGUGGCGCCGGCUCUGCAGAUGGACGACUCCGGCUCCAAUAAGGAAAACCUGGCAGACUCUUUCACAAUCUGGUGCACUCUAUGUGACCGGGCCUACCCCGAGGACUGCCCUGAACAUGGGGCAGUGACUUUCAUUCCAGACACCCCAGUCAACAGCCGAGCCAGGCUCUCGAUUCCAAGGCAACUGUGUCUCCGCCAGUCCAUCACAGGGGGCGAUGUCGGCGUGUGGAGUCAAGAUGCCAUUCCUGUACGAACCUGCUUCGGACCUCUGGUUGGCCAGCAGAUUAACCUGAUGGAAAUCACCGACUGGACGAGCAAAACCAGUACAAACAUCUGGAAAAUAUUUCGUAAUUACGUUCUGGAGUUUCAAAUAGUGACAGUGGAUGAGGACAUCUGUAACUGGAUGAUGUUUGUUCACAGAGCCAGGACUCGCGAGGAGCAGAACCUAGUGGCCUAUCCUCACAACGGGAAGAUUUACUUCUGUACGUCCAGGGAGGUUCCUCCUGACCACGAGCUGCUCUAUUACUACACCAGGGAUUAUGCACGGCAACUCGGGGUUCCGGAGCAGCCGGACGUGCGCAUGUGCCACUGCGGGAAAGCCUACAGCACGUACGGGGAGCUGAAGUUGCACCUGAACAGCCACGGGCAGAACCGGGAGAGGAAGUGGAAGUGCUCCAUCUGCCCCCGAGCCUUCACCUCCUCCACCAAACUCAAUGUCCACAUGAUGGGCCACAUGGGCAUGAAGCCUCACAAGUGCGAGUUCUGCAGCAAGGCCUUCAGUGACCCCAGCAACCUGCGCACUCACCUCAAGAUCCACACAGGUCAGAAAAACUACCGCUGUGAAAUGUGUGACAAAUCGUUCACGCAGAAGGCUCACCUGGCUUCACACAUGAUCAUCCACACGGGCGAGAAGAACCUGAAGUGUGAUUAUUGCGACAAGAAGUUCAUGCGGCGACAGGAUCUCCGGCAGCACGUGGUGACACACACACAAGAGCGACAGAUCAAGUGUCCAAAUUGUGACAAGCUCUUCUGGAGGACAACCCACCUGAAGAAACAUUUGAAUUCUCAUGAAGGACGGAGGGAUUUCAUUUGCGAAAAGUGCUCGAAGGCAUUCUUGACAAAGUACCAUUUGACCCGUCACCUGAAGAUCUGCAAAGCCUCCAAGACGUGCAUGCCCACACAAGAUCAGGAGGAGGAGGAGGAUGAGGAUGAGGAAGGGGACAGUGAUGAGGAGUUGUUGGAGGUUGGCAGUGGGACAUGUCGUUUAACCAAUGACCAUUACAUCACAGAAGACAGUUCUCAGUAGUACAAACAUAUUGCAAAUUGCUUCAGCGAUGGUCCAACAAAACGUGUGAUGGAGAUGGAACGUGAGAAAGCUGCUGCCCUUAAAAGCAAAAACUUUUAUUCAUCUCAGUUUUCACUGCUGCAAAAAUGAGUGGCUGCUCCAACUCUAAUGUUGUAAAUGUUGGCACUUCAGAGUGUGGAAUCUAGCGUAUGUUUGGUUGAAGUGGAUUGACUGCAAGAUUGUCAUCCCUAAUGGAGCAACAGCGAAUCGACAAAGUGGCAUCUGUCCCGGAGAUAGACUUCUUCUUGCGUAUGGCGGGCACAGCCUAAAGUUGUAGGACAACUUGUUCUAUUUGAUCUUAUUUGAUUGUGUACAGCGUGUUGAAUGCAUUCGAUUAAACAGGGCGGACCACGUGAAGGUUGCAAUCUUCCACCCCAGGUAGACUCAAUAUGCUGGAGUAACUCAGCAGGACAGGCAGCAUCUCUGGAGAGAAGGAAUGGAAUGGGUGACGUUUUGGGCCGAGACUCUUCUUCAGACCAUCUACUUGUUCCAUGUUCAGUCGUCUGUUUAAUGAGAUUCCAAAGUGAUGAGUUCCCCUCCCAUACAGUCGAUCCAACCUCAACAUUUUAUGAAGCAUAUUUCCAAAUCCCGCCACCGAUGUAUGAUACAAUUAAUCGUACAACACAUCGGCAACUGACUGAAGUCAGGGCAUUUUGUCCCAUUGGCUGAGUAGCUGCUUACCAACCAUUCACACCUUGAACUAAAGCAAACUUCUGGAGGAAUAAAAACCAGAGGCAAACUCAGCCUGUAACUCUCUCAGCUUUGGGUAGCUGCCACAUUAUACCUCUUUUUUUGUGAUACUGUAUGAAUUUAAAACAUUUUUGUACAAUGACAGAUAGGCUGUGGAUAUACAGACAAGGUCAUUCGUCUAAAGGUACAAUGCUGAUAUCUGCACCUAUGUAUAAAAUAUAUUGUAAAUAUUUGUAACAUUACCCUUUACAUUCCAAUCAAACUGUAAUAUAUUAAAAAAUACAAUGGAAAGGAUAGUAUUGUUUAUGCUAUGGGCAAAAAAGAUAUAAUCUAGUGUAUCAACUUUGUCUUCAGAAACUGAUUCUCACAAACACAAUAAAGUAUUCAGUUUCGACAGUGAAGUUGUUGCUUUCUAUGCACUUUAACCGGUCUUGGUUUCCCAGGUGUUUUAACACUAUAGGAAAUGAACGAGACACUAUUUGAACCUGCAAAUUGUUGUAUCAACUCUUGAUUUUGUGAUUGUGUAUAGAUUGAGGUUACUCCAGGUGAGCUUAAAGUCAUUCAAAAUCAAAAUAGCAAUAAGAAAAUUGAGCUUUUAACUGAAAAUGUAAAUGAAGUGACGUGGGACUUGUAUACUUUUAAGUUCGUCAGUGCUCAGAAACGAUAUUAAAAUAUUACAUCAGCUGGUA